UUAAUAACACGAUCAUAAUAACAUUACACUGAUGAUGACAGAUGGCGCCAUUUUUGGACACGCCCACGUGUGACAUCCUCGGGCUCGGUCUCGUGACAACGGCUCCGUGAGUCAGCUGUUAGCAUCUCCGCCGUGUGGGUUCGUAAAUGUCACGUUAUUCGGCCGGCUGAAAGAGGAACCACUUGCGAAAUAAUCUCAACGACCACUAAAGAUGUUGUCCCGUUUGCUGAAGGAGCACCAGGCAAAGCAAACUGAGCGGAAGGAGCUGCAGGAGAGACGCAGGCGUGAAGCUAUUGCUUCAGCCACCUGUCUGACAGAAGCCCUGGUAGACCACCUCAACGUUGGUGUUGCUCAGGCAUACGUAAACCAACGUAAGCUUGAUCACGAGGUGAAGACUCUCCAAGUGCAGGCGAGCCAGUUCUCCAAACAAACUGCUCAGUGGAUCAGUAUGGUGGAGGGUUUCAAUCAGGCCCUAAAGGAAAUUGGUGAUGUUGAGAACUGGGCCCGCAGUAUUGAGAUGGACAUGAGGACCAUCGCCACAGCUCUGGAGUAUGUCCACAAGGGUCAGCUUCAGUCUGCCUCCUCAUAAACUUCAUGGGAAGACAUGUGUAAGGUUUACAACCUGAAACUAAAUACACUGGAAUGAAACAGAUAUCGAGUUGACUCCUGUCAGCAAAGAUGCAUGCAGCAACGACUUUGCUCCUCUGCAUGCCCCUCUGAGUGGGCUAAUGCUGAUGAUUACUUUGUCCAGAGAAAUGUUGAAAGUCUGUUGCAUCUCACAUAUAAUUGCACACAUGCAUCAUUGCUCAAGUUCUUGUGUGAGGAACAAUAUUAAUCGGGACAACCACACAAUGGUGCUGGAGUUGUUCAGAGAUCAAGCUGUGUGUAAAAAGACAUAGGUCAAGAUCUGUUUAGUUGUGACUUCAAUUUGACAAAUGACAUUAAUUGAACAAUUGGGAGAAAAUUUAUAUCAGUAUGGAAUUGUGAAGGUUUCCCAUGUAAAAACUUAGUUCACCUGCUUUUAAUAGGUUUCAGUGGCGUUAAGGGGUAUCUCCUAAAAGCAUUUUCUAGGAGGGCAGCACCUGAUACCUGAAUUAUGUAUCUCUAUGUUUAUCUAUUAUAUGUCUGUUGAUGAUGACUGUACUGUUUUUUUUUUUUUAAUCAUUUUGUGAU